AUGACUGCUGGAAAUAAGAUUAUGAUUCAGCACAAUAACAAGGGUUAUACAAAAGAUGAUAUCAUAAAGCUAUUGGCAAUGGAAGAGUACUCAUUUUCACCAUCAAAGUAUCAAUUUGACAAUGACAAUCAUCUAUUCUUUCUUACAAACACUCAAAGUCAAUCAAUGUUGAGUAUUCACUAUAUCAACAUUGAAAACAAUCAAAAACUAUCUGAUAUUAAACCACUAUUUGCAUAUAGAGAAUCAAAUAAAGAGAUGUCAAUCGAAGAGGAAUUGAUGAGAGAAAGACAGAGAAUCAUUGGUAAUGGUAUCACCUCCUAUGACUUUAAUGAGAAUACCAAACAUUUUUUGGCUGCAAUGAGUAAUGAUUUGUAUAUUGUCGAUAUCGGUGGUAGUGCUGGAGUUCAUUCACCGGCGCUUGAGAAGCUAAAUUGUGGUUCGUUCGACCCGAAACUCUCACACGAUGCCAAACUGGUCGCAUUCAUUGAGGAAGGUGAUAUCUGGGUGACUCAUCUAGCAAGUGGACAACGUCAUCGUCUUACACAUACCCGUAAAAUAUCAGAGUUUGUCUCUGCCGGUGAAUCGAAAUUCGUGUACAGUGAAGAGUUCUCCAGAUACACUGGAUAUUGGUGGUCACCAACCUCUGCUGCACCCAACCAAUAUCAAAUAUUCUACUUUGAGGAAGAUGAGCGUCAUGUCCGUGAUUUCUAUAUCUCACAACAUGGAUACACUGGAACUACCACUCAUUACAAAUAUCCAUUGGCAGGUGACGAAAAUACCAAAGUUCGUCUAUGUCUAUUAACUCUUACCUUUAAUGAAUCUAAUGAAUUGGAAUGUAAACAAAAUUAUUUGUUUGAUUUGAAAAGUAAGUUUGAAUGGCUGGAAUAUUAUGUUCGUGGUGGAUGGUCAAAGGAUGGAAAGAGUGUUUGGGUUCAGUUGAUGGAUAGAUUGCAACAACGUUUGGAUUUGGUGAUGAUUCCGCUGUCUCAAUUCAGCGAAACACCUUCGGAUUUGCCAGUGUUGUUGAGUGACCGUUCCAAUCUGUGGGUGAAUGUCGUCGACCACAUCACAUUCCUCGAUGGCAACAAUCUGAUUUGGUCGAAUGAAUCCUCUGGAUUCCGUCAUCUCUAUCUCGUCAGCUGGGAGUCGAACUACACCAACGUAAAGACACGUCAACUAACUGAGGGCAGCUGGGUUGUCGGCGAGAAACUCUGGAUCGACCAAUCGCGUCUUCUCAUCUACUUUGAGGCGAGUGCAGACUCGCCGCUUGAGAACCAUCUCUAUGUCUGCUCGUAUGCUGCCAACUCGAAACCCUGUGAUAUCAGACGUCUCACCAACCAGGGACAUCAUCACACAUCGAUCCAGCUAUCACCAAACUUUACUCGCUUCGUCAGCAACUACUCGUCGGUCAAAGACGCCCCACUCAGUCAAGUCUAUCAGCUCGAGUUUAGAGGCGACGACCACUUCCCAUGUCCAACUCUGAUCACAACCAUCAACGUUGAGAAAUCGAUUGCUCUCAAACCGAGAACACCGACUCUCUUUAGCUUUGUCAAUUCCAAGGGUCGUAAGAUCUAUGGAUGCUACUAUUUGCCUGCUGACUACAACCCCGCCACGCUCUAUCCAAGCGUCUGCUGUGUCUAUGGCGGUCCACACGUCCAGAUAGUCAAUAACUCAUACAGUCUGGCCAGACAGUUCCUCUCAGAGUUUGGUUUCAUCUCUAUCUACAUCGAUGGAACCGGAUCGACCAAUCGUGGACUGGAGUUUGAAGGUCAUCUACGUGAACGUAUGGGUACAAUUGAGAUUCAGGAUCAAGUCGAGGGCAUUGAGUAUCUCGCUAGAAAUCAAAUCUCACUCGACUUGGAAAGAGUCGCCAUUCAAGGAUGGAGCUACGGUGGUUAUCUUGCACUGAUGGGUAUUGCUCAACGUCCAGACUUUUUCAAGGUUGCAAUCUCUGGUGCACCUGUCACUCUCUGGGAGACCUACAACACUGGAUACACCGAACGUUACAUGAAUACACCAAAGAACAAUCCUGAGGGUUACAAAUUAGGUAACGUACUUAGUUAUCUAAAUAAUUUCCCAGAUCAAUUGGAUAGAUUGGUUUUAAUUCAUGGUAUACAAGAUGAAAAUGUACAUUUUGCUAAUACUUUGCUAUUGGUUGAGGAGUUACAAACUAAUGGUAAACCAUAUAUACUAAAAAUGCUCUGUAAAGAGAGACAUGGUAUUAGAGAUAUCAACAAUAGAGUAUCAAUAGAAGCAUUUAGAAUCAAUCAUUUAUUAAAAAAUUUAUAA